AAAAAAAAACUGAGGCAAACUUUUUUUUUUUUUUUUUUGAGACGGAGUCUCGCUCUGUCGCCCAGGCUGGAGUGCAGUGGCGCGAUCUCGGCUCACUGCAAGCUCCGCCUCCCGGGUUCACGCCAUUCUCCUGCCUCAGCCUCCCGAGUAGCUGGGACUACAGGCGCCCGCCACCACGCCCGGCUGAUUUUUUGUAUUUUUAGUAGAGACGGGGUUUCACCAUGUUAGCCAGGAUGGUCUCGAUCUCCUGACCUCGUGAUCCGCCCGCCUUAGCCUCCCAAAGUGCUGGGAUUACAGGCGUGAGCCACCGCGCCCGGCCAGCAAACUUGAUAUAAGUAGAGAGGUUAUUUGGGCCAAGUUUGAAGAUUGUAACCCGGGAGCAUAGCUUCAAGUUGCCCUGAACAUAGGAUUUGCAACAGUGACAAAGUGAACUGGGGUCCUGAGUUUUGUGUUCCUUUCGCAGAGGUGAGGCCAGAGAAGUGACAAGACAGAUGCCAGUCCAGCAGGUGGUCAUGUCCAGAAAGUGCAGCCUCAGGACACGGUCUGGGGACAAAGACUGCUGGAGAGUUGGAAGCUGGCAAGAGGGUCUCAGCUGUGAAGUCCCUGGGGUGGGGGAGAAGUGGUCGGAGAAAGCAGAGAACACAACUGAAGACACUGGUUGUUCUAGCAGGCUUUGACUGGAAUGGCAUAUUUUCAGAUAUGACCAGACUGCUUUGAGGAAUUCAGGUUGGCUUAACAGAGCCAAUAAAAAGCUACUUGGAAAGAGUGGCCAUGUGCCUUAUCUAUACAGUUCCCUUACAAGGUUCCUGAUCUUGAGACAUUUAGCUUCACUUGAACCUGUGUUUGAAGCUUUAGUGAACAUUGUCCUUGGGAGUAUGAAGUACUAGAAAAUUUAUGAUGCAUGAGGGUGCCCGGCUGAGAGCAGACAAGCCGCCUAGCAGGUGGCUUUUCAAGCAGAAUCACAGACUAGCUCCGUCGCUGUGGUGAACGUUCUCCCCAGUGCCAGGAUUCCACUUGGCCCCUGACUGCUUGAGCAGCUGAUAUGACAGCCAUCUCUCUGCUGCCAUGCAUGUCGGCUGGGCUGGAGCCAGUGCGUCAGGAAGUAGAUGCAGAAGUGGAUCAGGAGCAAAACAUUCCUGAGAGCUGGCAGAAGCUGGCGUCUGUAGCCGCUGGGAUGCGGGGAGGGCUCGGCCCUAGCUCCACACUGCGCUGCCCAGAGGCCCCGCUGACUCCUGCCAGCCUCCAGGUCCCCGUGGUACCAAAGCUGAACAUGGACGUGACCAUCCAGCACCCCUGGUUCAAGCGCACUCUGGGGCCCUUCUACCCCAGCCGGCUGUUCGACCAGUUUUUCGGCGAGGGCCUUUUUGAGUAUGACCUGCUGCCCUUCCUGUCGUCCACCAUCAGCCCCUACUACCGCCAGUCCCUUUUCCGCACCGUGCUGGACUCCGGCAUCUCUGAGGUUCGAUCCGACCGGGACAAGUUCCUCAUCUUCCUCGAUGUGAAGCACUUCUCCCCGGAGGACCUCACCGUGAAGGUGCAGGACGACUUUGUGGAGAUCCACGGAAAGCACAACGAGCGCCAGGAUGACCACGGCUACAUUUCCCGUGAGUUCCACCGCCGCUACCGCCUGCCGUCCAACGUGGACCAGUCGGCCCUCUCUUGCUCCCUGUCCGCCGAUGGCAUGCUGACCUUCUGUGGCCCCAAGAUCCAGACUGGCCUGGAUGCCACCCACGGCGAGCGAGCCAUCCCCGUGUCGCGGGAGGAGAAGCCCACCUCGGCUCCCUCGUCCUAAGCAGGCAUGGCCUCGGCUGGCUCCCCUGCAGCCCCAGCCCAUCAUGGGGGGAGAACCCUGAGGGCGGGGUGUCUGUCUUCCUUUGCUUCCCUGUUUUUCCUUUCCACCUUCUCACAUGGAAUGAGGGUUUGAGAGAGCAGCCAGGACAGCUCAGGGUCUCAGGGUGUCCCAGACCCCGACACCGGCCAGUGGCGGAAGUGACCGCACCUCACACUCCUUUAGAUAGCAGCCUGGCUCCCCUGGGGUGCAGGCGCCUCAACUCUGCUGAGGGUCCAGAAGGAGGGGGUGACCUCCGGCCAGGUGCCUCCCGACACACCUGCAGCCUCCCUCCGCGGCGGGCCCUGCCCACACCUCCCGGGGCGCGUGAGGCCCGUGGGGCCGGGGCUUCUGUGCGCCUGGGCUCUGGCGGCCUCUUCUCUCAGACCGUCUUCCUCCAACCCCUCUAUGUAGUGCCGCUCUUGGGGACAUGGAUCGCCCAUGAGAGCGCAGCCCGCGGCAAUCAAUAAAGAGCAGGUGAUACAAGCAA